CUCCAGAGUAUAGGAGUGAAAUUGAGAUCAUUGUGAUACCGGCAAGCUAUCUUAAUAUGGCCAAGUGCAGGGUUGUAGGCGGGCAAGACAGCCUAAUCCAUACUCCGUAAGGUCACGGUUGCCUUAGCGCCUGGCUGGGGCCAUUUCAUCCCACGAUCUUGCAACCUAGUCAGAUCACAAACCCAACCUCAUCAUCCCCGCAGACAUGGCAGAUAUCUCAGAGAACACGCCACUGUUGCGCGACUCGUCGGACUCUGGAGCCGCCGAACAUGAGCGUCACGACAUACCGACGCAGAACCCGGCGGACAACUCCCUGCGGUUCGUGACUGCGUUGACCUGGUCAUCCCUCGUUCUGGCCGUGUUAGUUGUCGCGUUUGAUCUCACCGUGAAUAUCCUGGAGGAGACAAAUUACGGCAGUGGUUACUACAUGCCUUGGGUUAUGCGCAUAGCUAUCACCGCCAUGUGUGUGGUGGGCUUGGCCACCGUCUUGAUCUCGUUCCUGAACCUGGUUCGUCUGUAUCAUAGCCAGCGCGCCCUCUGGCUCUGGUUGAAUCUCAUUUUCGACUUCAUCAUUGCCUUGUACUCAAUCGUAUACUGCGGUCAGGGGAUUGUCCUGAACUGGGCAGAGACAUGCGAUCCUUCCAGCGAGAACUGUCGCUUCACUCGGCGCAUCGAGGCCUUUGCGUAUAUCACUCUGGGUUUUGGGCUGGCUUUGGGCAUCACUCACUUGGUUUUAUUCUUCCUGCGCUGUGCCCUGGCAUUUCGCAUGAGAUUCUGGCGAGGAUUUCAACACUGGAGGCUUCCGGCUGGGCAGCUGACGGUUGAAUUCACCAUUAAGUUUCUGCGACAAGAACCUCAGAGUGGUGAGGCCCAGAAUCAGUAGCUGCUCUUGAAUGGCAGCGGAGUUCUUGUGUGGAUGCUCCAUUCGGAUUCGUUGGGGCUGGAUCGUGGAGUGCAUAGAGGUGGUAUAUGUUUAUUUCCAUAGAUUUUCCGCUCUGGCGCACUGACAAAUGUAGAUCGAGGCUAAAGGGUAUGGGGUUGAAAGGGUUCAACCCAUAUGGGUUUUUUGCGGUUCUGCACGGGUCGGGUUGAACCCGGUUCAUGGCUCAGCGUGGGUAGGAUUUUUUCCAGAGUUGUUUUCUACCCACGAUGAGCUUUCAUAAUUAAGUCCCGAAAUACUCUAUUAUAUAGUUGGUACAUAUACAAGUAAAUACUGU